AUGCAUGGUAAACUUGAUCAGAAGAGAUUCAUCGAACUUUUCAAACAGUUCUAUCCGGAAGGCAAUCCAAAAAAGUUUUGCAAAUAUGCUUUUGAUACAUUCGAUGCCGAUAAUGAUGGUACAAUAAGCUUUGAAGAAUUUCUUAUAACCUAUUCAGCUGCAAGAAAUGGUAAUCUUGAUGAUCGUCUUGACCUUGUUUUUGAUAUAUAUGAUAUUUCGAAAGAUGGACUAAUUGAUGAAGCAGAAUUAACGAAAAUGAUCGUAGCUUUGUAUAAACUUGCUGGUAAAACUAAUCUUAAAGGUGAUCAUGAUCCAAAAAGACGUGCUGCACAGAUUAUAGCAAAACUCGAUCUUAGUGGUGAUAAAAAAUUAUCGAAAACAGAGUUCAUUAGCGGAUGUAAAUCUGAUCCAUUUAUGCGUCGAUUACUUGAUCCCAACAGCUAA